UACACGAGAAUUGGCAAUUGACAUUUGACAGUUAAGCUGACAGAGGUGAGCAGGGAGGAACUCGUUUUGUCGAUUUUUUCUUCGAAAGGAAUAAUUACUGAAAAUUAAAAAUGCUGUCGAGGACUGCUUUACUUUCAGUGCAACGUCCGUUGGGUGUUUUGGCCAUGAGGUCGGCAUCAGCAGCCGGUUCGGGAGAAGUUGGUCGAAGAGAGCGACCAGAACAUCCAGGCAAGGUGCGCUUGGGUUUCCUUCCUGAAGAGUGGUUCCAGUUUUUCUACAAUAAGACUGGUGUCACUGGCCCAUACACCUUUGGGGUGGGUCUGCUGACUUACCUCUGCUCCAAAGAAAUUUACGUCAUGGAGCACGAGUACUACAGUGGCUUGUCCCUUGCUAUUAUGGCUAUUGUAGCCGUAAAAAAAUUGGGUCCAACAAUCGCUGCCUGGGCUGAUAAGGAAAUCGAUAAAGUCGAACAUGAGUGGAAGUCGGGUCGCGAGGAAGAACUGAAGGCCUUAGCUGAUGCCAUCGAAGCCGAAAAGAAAGAGCAAUGGCGUGCUGAGGGUGCCUUGCAGCUUAUGGAUGCCAAAAAGGAAAACAUUGCUUUGCAAUUGGAAGCCGCAUUCCGCGAACGCGCGAUAAAUGUUUACAAUGAAGUCAAACGCCGCUUGGACUACCAGGUGGAAUGCCGUCACAUUGAGCGUCGUAUUAGUCAGAAACACAUGGUUAAUUGGAUCGUUAACAACGUCCUUAGCUCAAUCACUCCACAACAAGAGAAGGAAACUCUUAACAAGUGCAUUGCUGAUUUGAGCGCUCUUGCUGUACGCUCCAAAUAGAUCAUUUACUAUUUUAAAUAUAUUUUGAAUCGGAAACAAAUGUAUAAUUUAAUAAUAAACUUGUAAAGAGAAUACGAGUAUAUAUAUUGAGAUUAAGUAAUAUCCUGUGCUCUUUAAAUAUAUGUACAGAAGUGCUGGUAGAAUGCGCUAGAGAUGAAAA